UUUCAGAUUGAAGCCUUCGUGAAGGGUUUUAAACUUUCUACCUUGACCUACAAACGGGUCAUGAACCUGUUAAACAGUGAAAUGAAUGCUGGACUUACCAAACACACCAACCAUGCGGCAGACAUUAAAAUGUUUCCGACAUUUGUACGAUCAUUACCAGAUGGAUCAGAAAAAGGAGAGUUUUUAGCGCUUGAUUUGGGUGGAACUAAUUUUCGAGUAUUGCUGGUCAAAUUACAUGGUAGUGAUGUAGAAAUUGAAAGUAAAACAUAUUUAAUACCUCAGAGAAUUAUGUUAGGCACAGGAAUACAAUUAUUUGAUCAUAUAGCAGAUUGUAUUGGUAAAUUUAUCAAAGAUCAUAAUAUACAGGGUCAGAAAUUACCAUUAGGUUUUACAUUCUCCUUCCCUUGUAAACAAGAAGAUUUAGCUGCUGCCCGUCUGUCAAAAUGGACAAAAGGUUUCCGUUGUGAAGGUGUUGUAGGAGAAAAUAUCUGUCACUUGUUACAUGAAGCCUUAAAGCGUAGAACUAACUGUGAUGUCGAAAUAUUGGCUAUAGUCAAUGAUGCUGUAGGAACAUUGAUGUCUGCUGCCCAUAGUGACAGGAACUGUGAAAUUGGCCUCAUUUUAGGUACAGGUUGUAACGCAUGUUAUAUGGAGAAUUUAGAUAAUGUUGGAUUGUGGGAAGCCCCAGGUGAUGAUCAUCCACAACAGGUGAUUAUUAAUACAGAAUGGGGAGCAUUUGGUGAUAAUGGUUGUUUAGACUUCAUACGUACAGAAUAUGAUUUAGAAUUAGAUACAUACAGUAUUAAUCCUGGUAAACAAAUAUUAGAAAAGAUGAUAUCUGGUAUGUAUAUGGGUGAGAUAGUAAGAUUAGUAUUAGAAAGAUUGACAUAUGAAGGAUUGUUGUUACAAGGAGCAGAUCGGGAAUGUGCUUUAUAUGAACGAGGAAGAUUUUACACUAAAUAUGUUUCUGAAAUAGAAAGUGAUCAUGAUGAAUUUUUUGCCAAUACCAAACAAGUGUUAGAAGAAUUAGGUGUAGAAAAUUUCACCUCAGAAGACUGUAAGAUUGUUAAAUAUGUUUGCACUCUUGUUUCCGCACGUGCUGCAUUUCUGGCCGCGGCAGGUCUGGCUACACUCAUCACUAAAAUUGGUCGUAAAGAAAUGACAAUAGCUGUUGAUGGUUCACUCUAUAGAUUUCAUCCACGUUUUCAUAAUCUCAUGUGCCUUAAAAUACAGGAACUCAUCAAACCUGGCCAGAAGUUUAAGCUGGCUUUAUCCCAUGAUGGAAGCGGUAAGGGGGCAGCACUAGUGGCUGCCGUGGCAACGAGAUUAAGAAAUAAUAAAGUAUUAAGGGAGGUAAAAGUACCAGCUUGA